AUGGAGUGUGGCGCAUUUCUGCCAGACAGCCUGGUGUUGGAGAUCUUCCUGCGUCUGCCCCAUGAUGCCGUGCUGAGUGCUGGUCUGACCUGCAGGCAAUGGCUGGCUGUCUCCAGAGAUGAGUUCCUUUGGAGGGAGCUGUUCUACAGCUACUACCGCAUACCACGCUCUGUACCCCGACACCCAGUGGCUGUGUCGUGGUACAGGGAGUUCAAGCGUCUGUUUGACUGUAUCCCCUGUGUGGAGGUUCAGACGCUGAAAGAGCACAGUGACCAAGUCCUCCACCUGGCCUUCUCUCACAGGGGUCACCGGUUCUCCUCCUGCUCCAAAGACUGCACUGUUAAGCUAUGGGACACGGAACGGCAAGAUGGUAAUAUCUCGCUGGUGCACAGCACCAGCAUGCGGCAGUUUAACUGGGGCUACACCCAGUUCUCCCAGUUCAACGCCGACGACACCCUGCUGCUCGUGUCUGGUGUCUACCUGGGCCCACACCACUCAUCGUCUGGGGAAAUCGCUGUCAUCAGUAUGGAAAAUUACUCGCUGUUGUCACGUGUGAGGAAUAAGCCAUAUGAUGUGUUUGGCUGCUGGCUGAACGAGACCCACUUGAUCUCUGGGAACCUGCACUGGAUAGGCAACUUGACGUCCUGCUCUGUGCUGUGGCUCAAUAAAGCCUUCCAGGAUGUUGAAUCAGAGAACGUCAACGUAGUCAAGCGCCUUUUCAAGAUCCAGAACAUCAAUGCCAGCACCAUCCGCACAGUGAUGGUGGCCCACUGCCGUCGUCAUGACAACCCGGACCUGCUGCUGGACUACGAGGCUCAGUCUCAGGCUCGAAGGCAGAAAGGGCAGCAGCAACAGCAGCACCAGCCCCUCCUCUUUGACCUGGGAAGCUCCGACAGUGAGGAAGAAGAUGAGGCAGAGGAGGAUGAGGAGAGUCAGAGGGAAGCGAGGUGUCACGGCCUCCCCACUGGCCGCCUUCCUCAGCCCACCAUCUCAGGGCUGGAGCAAGUUAUACAGAGUUGUAAAAACGUAGGGUCCCGGGAGCUGGAGAUUGAGACCCAGGUGGCUCAGAUGAUGGGCAGAACCUACACAAAGGCCCCUGACUCCAGCCUAAUUGAGCCCUCUGACCCUGGUGAGGGAGAGGACAAAACUUACUUACUCUUCACCACCGGCAGCCUUACAUACUCCCCUCACCAGAUAGGUAUUAAGCGGAUCAAACCCGACCAGAUGACUACUUGUGGUCCAGUUCUCGGGGAAGAGCGGAGUUCAGAGGAAUUUUUCGAUUCCCUGGACCAUGUCAUUGAUAUACAUGGGCACAUCAUUGGUAUGGGCCUUUCUCCAGACCACAGGUACCUUUAUGUGAAUAGCCGGGCUUGGCCCGCCGGGUGUGUGAUCUCCGACCCCAUGUCCCCUCCUCCCAUUGCCGAGGAGAUAGACCUGCAUGUGAUCGACCUGAAGAGUUUGAGGGAAGAGAGAAGGAGCCUGCGCGCUCACCGAGCCUUCACGCCUAACGACGAGUGCUUCUUUAUCUUCCUUGAUGUCAGCAGGGACUUUGUUGCCAGUGGAGCAGAAGACAAACACGGCUACAUCUGGGACCGUCAUUAUAACAUCUGUCUGGCACGUCUGGCACACGAAGACGUGGUGAACUCGGUAGCGUUUAGCCCCGCUGACCAGGAGCUGCUGCUGUCUGCCAGCGAUGACUCUACCAUUAAGGUGUGGCGCUCGCCGCGCAUGGUCCGCCUGGCGCAGACCCCCACCCGGCCGCCGAGGCCCCGCAGCCUCCUGUCGUCCUGGCUGAGCCGCAGCAAGAACUCAACAUCUCCUAGCAGCAUCAAUGGAAAACCAUGAGUCAGGUUGGGAAACACUAGCAGUGGGAGGGAGCGGGGGAGAGGAAGUUUGAUCUUUUUCCUCUGUGGUGUGAAUAUAUAUAUACACUCCAUGUAUAUGUACAGUGUGGUUACAGUCAGUGGUUUUGCUUGAGCUCACGGUGUUGUGACACACAGCAGCGCUUGGCGUCUUACAGUGUAAUUGGGGACGGGUCAUGAUGUGACUCAGGGUUAGACACAAGAGGGCGAUGUUGCACCAGCAAAAGUACAGAAAUCACCACUGACUCUGUUGAGAGGAGUGAUAUGAAGUGUUCUCACAGAUAGAGAUAGUGUAGACCUGACACCUAAAUGCACAAGACAGGCAUCCAAACAUGUCCACCAAGAAGAUGGUUUUUGUCUGUUUUUUCUCUGUAACGUUUGAGUCUGAAUGGGUCAGACACAGGACUCCUGGACCUGAGGUGUAAAUCUGUGUAAAUGUUCUGCAGAGAUGGGACCCAUGAUCGCAGUGCUCAUGUCCUGGUCUUCGGAGGCAAAGUGCUGUAACUGAAGAAUUAUUUCAGAAAAUGUCUUACUAAUGGAUAUGUCCAAUUGAUGUCUUGAGUGUAAACACAUCAUAAACCCUGUUUUCGGAGAUUUAUAAAACCAUUCAAAACCAAAAGGGAAGAUGACCUUUAGCUGCAUUUACUGCAGUCUGCCUUGGUUUUUAAUUACCCGUCCAUCCCCCAUCCCAUUGCUUUUGUGCCCCGGAAAUGAUCGAUUUCCUAUCGAACGUAGCAUUAUUGAGUAAUUUAAUAUAGAAGAGUUGUUGAAGAACAGUUGGCGUGAAGCAUGACUGUGAGCAAAAAAAAUAUUGUUGUUUGUGUUAGUUAAUUGUUAUUUGGACCUAUAUUAUGUAGACAUGUAUUUAAACACCUUUAUUCAUUUGUAGCACAAAGCUGCUCCCUUUCAUUUUGUCAAAAGACUCGCGUCAGGAUGAAUCUCAGAAAUGUAUUUCUUCUGGAGUCUUUUUUAAAAUAAAAAAAAAUAUAUACAUUAUUUUCUCAUCAUUAAAUGUGACAGAAGGUUUGUUUAGUCUUCAAGCAGAACUUUUGAUGUCUAAAAUUACUGCAUAUGAACAACAUAGAGCCGUCUGGAAUACAACUAUAACUGUACACAGCUACCCUUUGGCCAUUUUAAUUCACAGUUAGCAAAUUGUUCCUGUCUGUCAAAACAGAAUCACCAUCCUCCAAAAUGUGUCCUGAGACGCAAUCUUUCUUAUUAAACUGUGCACAUUAGAUGCACUGUUGAACAACCAAUGUUACAUUACAUAUUUAUAUCCGUUAUAUCCACUUCAAGACAAAUAUUGCAGGUUUUGGUUAAUGUAAGGAGGUUGAGGAGGUAAUCAUUUUUUAAUAUGGCCCAAGUUGUUGAGUUCACUAACUUAAAAAUGAAAUAAAAAUAAUAUUCAUUAAAUACAUUUGGUAAAUUGUUUUUUAUUAAAUUUGUAAUUCUGUUGAAAGAACAGAUUGUCUUAGAAUAGAACAGCCAACAAUGCAACAAUACAGUACAAAGUGCACAAUGAGCUCGGAAGUGCAGCAAACUUCCUGCCGCCUAUAUUCAAAUGCCCAAUAAACACACGUGUGUUUUUGCAUCCACAGUCUUUAAGUGUUUGUGUGUGCAGUGGUUAGCCCCUUACUUUCUUUACUAGUUUUAUCGUUCAAGAGCCGGUCUAAAAAAAACAAAACAAAACAAAACAAAAAGUAACACAUAACAAAUGAACCCUGACACUACAUUUCAGUUGCAGUUUAACGAGUGAGGUUUAGGUACUUUACCUGGUAGAUGUUUGUGUUUCCCUGCUGUAGAUGAGACGGAUUCUACACAUUAAUCAGGAUUAUGGGGUUUUCGUGUUACCUGAACUGUCUGGUUGCGUUUGUCAUAUUUUCUUGAAACGUGUGUCAAUUAGUCAGUUCGCCAGCUGAGUCUUGCCACCAGUUGAACAGUAUUUUCCCUGUUUUGGAAUAUGUGUAAUAAGUCAUGAACUUUCUCCGUGGUUCCCUUUGACAGUCUUCUUAACUGUAGCUCCCUGUUCCCUGUCCUCUAAUGUUAUUUUCAUACUUCCCUGAAAUAAAAAGCAUGCCCUGAAAGGCCAGAAGUCUGCAAAA